CCGGACUCGUCCAUCAAGGCCCUCCUCUCUAUACGGUCUCCCAAUUCCCCCAAUUCACGCUUACGACUAGACAAAAUGGCGGCCCGAGAACCUCAGUUCAACCAACAGGUCCUGGUGGACACCACGCCCAUGCCGGCGGACAUUCCCAGUGUCCAGGAAGUCGGCGCGACCUCGGCACCCCUGACCAGUGCGGCGUACUUUAUCGGCGACAGGUGCAAGGCCUUCAAUGAUGACUACAUGAAGUGCAAGCAGGAGGCCAACGGAAGGGGGGAGUUCGAGUGUCUGAAGGAGGGCCGGAAGGUGACGAGAUGUGCUGCUUCCGUUAUCAAAGAUAUCAACACCCACUGCCUGAAACAGUUCACCGCGCACUGGGAGUGUCUGGAGAACAACAACCAUAAUCUGUGGGAAUGCCGGAAGCCCGAGAUGGAGCUGAACAAGUGUGUCUUUGACAAGCUGGGCCUCAAGAAGACGAUCCCCGGUGCUCCCGAGGGCCAGACCCCGGUUCAUCUGCGUCCCAAGCAGAUUUAUGCUCAGUUCCCUGGUCCUCAGUAUUAGGUUUUGUUUUAUGUCUGGUCUGGUCGGGUCUGGUUUGUGGACUGUUUGUAUGUGUACAUAUUAGCAUAGGAAUUGAGUGUCCUGGUUUCUCGGUAUAGAGGUGUCGUGUCUACAUCUU